AUGUCAUCUGGCGAGGACAAAACUUCAAGCGGUGCUGAAAAUCAAGGCAUUCUUAAGCUUAUUCUCAAGCAGAACAAACAGUUGGCGGAACAAAAUGCUCGUCUCAUGGCCAUGAUGGAACGUUUCAACAUUCAAGAAGCACCGGCCCGGCCAUCGAGCAGCCCCGAAUUCAUCAUCGAAUCAAAUAUGAAGACCUUUUUUAUCAAGGAUGGCGCAAAGCUGGACGAUGCAGCUAAGGUCCGUCUCCUACUACGAAGCCUCAGUGUGACCGUGCACGAUAAGUACGUAAAUUUCGUUUUGCCGACGCAUCCCCGGGAUUUUUCUUUCGAGGAUACCGUGAAAAAAUUGAAGCAGCUGUUUGGAAUGAGGACUACCUUGUUCAGCAAACGGUACCAGUGCUUCCAACUUUCAAAACGCACUGAGGAGGACUACGUAACGUAUGCAGCGGCAGUGAACAAGCGAUGUGAGGAUUUCGAGUUGAACCGUACCACAGCCGAUCAAUUCAAGUCUCUCAUCUUCAUCUGUGGGCUGCGUUCACCUAAAGAAGCUGACGUUCGAACCAGACUACUGGCCAAGCUAGAAUCCGAAGGAGAAGGUGAAUGCAAAUUGGAAACACUCAUCAACGAAUGUCAACGUGUUCAGAAUUUAAAACAUGACACCGCCUUGGUAGAACAGAAAUCAUCGAUAAAUGCAUCAUCAAAGGAUAACAAGCUGUCAAGCGUUCCGAAGACACCAUGCUGGCAGUGCGGUGGCAUGCACUACGUUCGUGAAUGUUCUUUUGCGAAUCAUACAUGUAAAUCCUGCAACAAAAUAGGGCACAAGGAAGGUUACUGCAACUGCAACUCUGUGAAGCCCAACGUUGGAGGAACCAAAAAAAAAAAGAAGAAGUCCACAGUGAACGGCGUUUUUGCAGUAAAUCAGGUGAGCAGUGACCGCAGGAAGUUUCUGAAUGUCAUAAUCGGCGGAGUAAUGAUUCGGCUGCAGUUCGACACAGCAUCCGACAUAACCGUCAUUUCAAGACAGACAUGGGAAAACCUCGGAUCACCGAAGCUGCAACCAACCACCAAUCAGGCAAAAACGGCGUCUGGCAAACCCUUGCAUCUCAUUGGAGAACUAAGCUGCCCCAUCACUCUGGGAAAAAUCAUCAAAAAUGGCACCUGCUAUGUAACCACACAUCCAAAUCUCAAUUUGUUCGGUCUCGACUGGAUUGAACUUUUCGAGCUGUGGUCACAUCCUCUUUCGGCGAUCUGCAAUCAUGUACGUUCCAUCUCCAUUCAACCUCCGAUUGAACAGUACAAGGCGGCGUUUCCGAACGUAUUCAAGGAAUCGCUCGGACUUUGCAAGAAAACGAGAGUCAAGCUGUUUCUUAAACAAGACGCACGCCCCGUGUUCAAGCCGAAGCGUCCAGUUCCAUUCACAUCUGUAGUGAAAGUUGAUGCCGAGAUCGAUCGUCUGGAGCGACUAGGAAUAAUCACACCGGUGAAUUUUUCUCAGUGGGCCGCUCCAAUCUUUACUGUGAAAAAGCCAAACGGAAAAGUACGCAUCUGCGCCGACUACUCCACUGGACUGAACGCUGCUCUGGAGCCAAACAAUUACCCGUUACCGGUUCCGGAUGAUAUUUUCACCAAGCUCAACGGUUGCAAGUUUUUCAGCAUCAUCGACUUGUUGGAUGCGUACCUUCAAGUUGAAGUAGAUGACGAGUCGAAGCAGCUGCUAACAAUCAACACCCAUCGAGGACUUUACCGCUUCAACAGAUUGGCACCAGGUGUAAAGUCUGCCCCUGGAGCUUUCCAACAGCUGAUGAACGGCAUGAUAGCUGACCUCGAUGGCAUUGAAUCAUUCCUGGAUGAUAUUAUUGUAUACAGCAGAACUGAGUUGGAGCAUCAUCGACGUCUUACGGCACUUUUCAAGAGACGGGUUCCAUCUUCGGGAAGAGAAAUGCAGCAUUCUUCAACGGCAAAUCACAUAUCUGGGGCACAUCGUCGACGCCAAUGGCUUGCGCCCAGAUCCAGCAAAAGUUAA